AUGUUGUCCCGACUAAGAGUAGCGGCCGCUCCCUGUGCGAUGGCGUGUCGCCGUGCGCACACGAAAGAAAAAGGCAAGCCACUGAUGCUAAACCCACGAACAAACAAGGGUAUGGCCUUUACGUUACAUGAGCGACAGAUGCUUGGGUUGCAAGGACUUCUGCCUCCUAAAAUAGAGACACAAGACAUUCAAGCCUUACGCUUCCAUAAGAAUUUGGCAAAAAUGACUGACCCCUUGGAAAAGUAUAUCUACAUAAUGGGAAUCCAAGAGAGAAAUGAAAAAUUGUUCUACAGGGUAUUACAAGAUGAUAUCGAGCGGUUAAUGCCAAUUGUAUACACACCAACAGUAGGCCUUGCCUGCUCCCAGUACGGACACAUCUUCAGAAGACCAAAAGGACUGUUUAUUUCUAUCUCAGACAGAGGCCAUAUCAGGUCAAUUGUGAACAACUGGCCAGAGAAUGACGUUAAGGCUGUUGUCGUCACUGACGGAGAAAGAAUAUUGGGUCUUGGAGACCUAGGUGUGUAUGGGAUGGGAAUUCCAGUAGGAAAACUUUGUUUGUAUACAGCCUGUGCAGGAAUACAUCCAGAUAAAUGCUUGCCUGUGUGCAUCGAUGUUGGAACUGAUAAUACCACACUCCUAAAAGAUCCAUUUUAUAUGGGUCUGUACCAAAAAAGAGAUCGCUCGCAGGUCUAUGAUGACCUAAUUGAUGAAUUUAUGGAAGCCAUUACAGACAGGUAUGGCCAGAACACACUUAUCCAAUUUGAAGACUUUGGAAACCACAACGCUUUUCGUUUUUUAAGAAAAUACAGAGAGAAAUAUUGUACCUUCAACGACGAUAUUCAAGGGACAGCUUCAGUGGCCUUGGCAGGACUGCUGGCAGCACAGAAAGCCACUGGUAAACCACUGGCAGAGCAGAAGGUGCUGUUCCUUGGAGCAGGAGAGGCUGCCCUGGGAAUUGCAAACCUCAUUGUUAUGGCUAUGGUAGAAAGCGGCGUUUCUGCGGAUGAAGCCUACAGGAGAAUAUGGAUGUUCGACAAAUACGGCUUACUGGUUCAGGACCGAGAACAAAAGGUAGAUUCCAAUCAAGAACCAUUCACGCAUCGGGCUCCAGAGCAGAUACCAAAGUCUUUCGUAGAGGCAGUGAACAUACUUCGGCCUUCAGCUAUCAUUGGAGUUGCGGGAGCUGGGCGGCUCUUCUCUGAGGAUGUGAUCAAAGCAAUGGCCUCUAUCAACGAGCGACCCAUAAUAUUUGCCCUCAGCAAUCCCACAGCGAAAGCUGAAUGCACAGCGGAGGAAGCGUAUACGCUUACAGAG